CCCUUUCUUUCUUCCGUUGCUAUCUUGCCCGGUGAGACGACUAUUCAAAUGUUUGACCGGAUCCAGCUGACAAAUUUUUUUGGGGUCACAAAAUGAAGGAAGCACGCCAAAAACAAUUCAACACGAUUUGCGUAGAUGGACACCUAUCUCUGAGAAUCAAACCAGUGAAACCACACCUCCCCUCUUCUUCUUCUUCUCCUCUCUCUCUCCCUCUCUCUCUCUCUCUCUCUCUCUAGAUCCGCUGCAUCUCCUCCCCAUCCCCUCCCUCACUCUCUCGAUUGUCCCUCUCUUACUCCCACACCGACCUAGCCACUCCGACACACCACCACCGCCACGAGCAGCAGCGCCGCACCUCUUAGCACCACCAGCGCACCACCAAGAGGUACAACCUCUACGAGAAAUGAACAUCGGCGAUUUCCUUGAUGAACAAUUUGCUUUUCAUUUGCCCAAACCGACCAAGCCGAAUUGCCUAAACUGCAAACCAAACCGGCCGGGGUGGGUAGUGCCGUAGGCCCUCACAAUUCGCUUGUAAGGAAUAAAAACAAGAAACAGAGGGGAAAACAAAAAACAAUGGAUGUUUCCGCCUUGCCCAUCUUCUCUCUCUUGUUCCUCCUCAUCUCUCCACCUUGGUUGAUCCACGCCCAGCAGCCUUACGUUGGGAAGGCCACAACCGCAUGCGACAUCGCAGACAACUCCGCUUCCGUUCUGGGAUACACCUGCAAUGGCCUAAAAACCACUUGCCAAGCUUAUCUCACCUUCAGAUCCCAAUCUCCCUACAAUACUGUUUUCUCCAUCUCUCAGCUUCUUAAUUCAGUCCCAUCACAAGUCUCUCAAAUCAAUUCAGUUUCUGAGAAUUCGACAAUAGAACCAGAUAAAUUGGUGAUUGUUCCUGUCAAUUGUUCUUGCACAGGUGGUGAGUAUUACCAAUCCAACACUUCUUAUAUUGUUGAGCCAGAUGAUACUUAUUUCACGAUUGCAAACAACACCUUUGAAAGCCUGUCGACAUGUCAAGCUCUUCAGUCUCAGAAUAGUGUUCUGGCCACUAAUUUGUCCACCGGAGAUAAGAUUUCUGUUCCAUUGAGAUGUGCUUGUCCUACCAAGAACCAGAGUGAUGAUGGCGUCAAAUAUUUGUUGAGCUAUUUAGUUGCACAGAAUCAAGAUGUUUCUUCCAUAAGUGCAAUGUUUGGGGUUGAUAACACGAGCACUCUUGAAGCCAAUGAGUUGUCAUCUGACUCCACUAUUUAUUUCUUUACUACCCUUUUAAUUCCUCUACAAACCCCACCAACAUAUUCUCAAACCCUAGCGCCGCCUCCGCCCCCUCCAUCUCCUCCACCGCCGCCUUUCUCUUUGUCGUCGAAUAACAGCUCCAAGAAAACAUGGGUGUAUGUUGUUGUCAGUGUUGUCGGUGUUGGUCUUUUGUUGGUCAUUGGGGGUAUUGUUUUCUGUAUAUUCAUUCGCAGAAAAAAUAAGAAGAAGAAGCAAGCUUCUGCUUCGGUUAUUACAUCGCAGAGUUUUGAGGCAAUUGAGAAACCAGAGGGGAAGAACAAGGUUGAGGAAGAAGAAUCCGCAGAGUUUCUGGAGAGUAUAGCCGUAAUUGCUCAAUCCCUUAAAGUGUAUACUUUUGAGGAACUCAAAUCCGCAACGGACAAUUUCAGUCCCAGUUGUUGGAUUAAAGGAUCUGUUUACCGCGGUACAAUCAAGGGUGAUUUUGCUGCCAUUAAGAAAAUGGAUGGAGAUGUGUCACAGGAAAUCAGUGUGCUAAACAAGAUCAGCCACUUCAAUCUCAUAUGUCUAUCAGGUGUCUGUUUUCAUGAUGGACACUGGUAUCUUGUUUAUGAAUAUGCUAACAAUGGACCCUUGAGUGACUGGAUUUACCACGACAACAUCGAUAAGAGAAUUCUGAGUUGGACACAGAGGAUCCAGAUUGCUUUUGAUGUGGCGACGGGGCUUAAUUACAUUCAUAACUACACCUCUCCUCCUUAUGUCCACAAGGAUUUAAAGACCACCAAUGUUCUUCUUGAUAGCGAGUUGAGGGCUAAGAUUGCCAACUUUGGUCUAGCGAGGUCAGCUGAUGGGCAAGAAGGCGAAUUUGCCUUGACAAGGCAUAUUGUUGGCACAAAAGGGUACAUGGCUCCUGAGUAUUUGGAGAAUGGAUUCAUCUCCACAAAGCUUGAUGUUUAUGCAUUUGGGGUUCUGUUACUUGAGAUACUUACUGGGAAAGAAGUUUCUGCGUUAUAUGGAGGGGUAAAUGGGCAUUUGUCAGAUGUCUUGAGUCCUGUGAUUCAUGAGGAAACUGGCAAGGAGAAGUUGGGAGAAUUUAUGGAUCCUUCUCUGGAAGAGAGUUAUCCCGCAGAACUUGCUGUUUUCGUUGCUGGAAUAGCUGAUAGUUGCAUAAAGAAUGAUCCGUCUGCCCGCCCAGGCAUGGCUGAGAUUGUGCAGUCCCUUUCAAGAAUUAUGACCACUUCACUCAAUUGGGAAAAGUCAAAAACCGUCUCAGGCUACCACAGUUUCACCUAGAGCUUCAAGAAAUAACAAAUGCAAGGCUAAGUACAGUGCAGAUCUACAUCAUCCGCUUCUUAUCGCAAGGUCAAAGAAUCCUCUGUUGGUUUUCACGCAAUGGUGGCCCAAUUCAACUGCAGUCUUUUUCAAACUGCUCAGCCAAUCUACGUCGCUGGGGAGUUUUGAAGAUUCCUCUCACGUCCUACUUCAACAAAUAUGUUCUUCAAAAUUGUAUAUUCUUAUGUUUGCUAUCACCACGCCCAUAUUUAAGUUAUCGCUUUGGUUGUGAAAGAGAGAUCUCGAUAAAGAAAUUUAAAAUCGAAGUGGGUAGUGUUUUCUGUUAGCGAUACUGAUCAAGAGGCAGGCUCCAGAUCACUCCACACUGAAUGAUUUUCCCUCAGUAGUCAGUUUGUUUGUUUUAGGCAGAGUUUUUUCCAUUUCU